GGGAAAUUUCUUACGAUUUUUUUUGUUAUUAACUUAGAUAUAACCUUAGUGAAUCCUCUUAAGGGGACUCAUUAAGGUUUUACCUCUACUUCAUAUUGCGUAAAUUUUUUUGUAACUGAUUUUGUUAAUAUUUGGAAGAGCGAAGGCAAUUCUCGAAGAACCCUCCAUCCACCAUGCAGGCUACAGUGAAGAAAAACCCGAAGCAGAGUAAGUGUCCGAAUUUCGUUAAAGGUUUUUUGCGCCAGCCCGUCCGAAUUUGAGUUGAAGAAACCCAAAUAUAACAAACUGAAUUAUGAGAGGUAGGUCUCUAAUAGUGCAACAACCGCCGAAGAACACGCUGAGCCGCUCAUGUCAUAAUCCGAGGCGAAGAAAUGAUGAAAGAAUUGGCUUUUCCCGAGACACUCGUGAUCAGUGAAUUAGAUGGAGACUCAGAUAUGUCUGAAACAGUUCCUAACCCUGUUGGAGCACUAGUUUUAAACAUUCUUGUAACGGAUGCUGUUUUACCUGAAAGUAUAAAGAAGGAAUCCAUAGAUGAGGAAUUGGAAAUCGAAGUCAUGCAAGCUUUACAAAAAGCAAAACAAGUCGCUGGUUCUAUGAACAUUAACCCGGACGUUGAACGCAUUGAAGUCGAUCAAAUUGAAGAGCAGCUGCAGAAGUCAUUAACUGACUACGACAGAUUAUUGAAUGCCGAAAUGAUGGCCAAUACAAAAAAAUUUAUAGUGCAUGUUUCAUCUCAAUUUAACAAUGGUUUUAAUUGUGGAUCCAGAAUAACUGCUUGGGUGGACAGAAAGUUUCAUACCCUGGAAGAAAAAAGAACAGAAUAUUUAGAAGAAGACGCAUUUCUUAACGAGAAAUCGCUAUAUAUAGGAUUGUUGAGCAAAAAAUAUUACGUAAGACACACCAGUUCAAAAGAAGAUGUGGAUCGGAGAAAAUAUUACAGUCUUGCGAAAUGCCAAAAUUUAGUUUGUGAAGGAGCAAAUUUCAUUUUAAUGAGAUAUUUGGCAAUUACAAGAUACAAAGGUGAAUUUGAAUUAAGUACGACGUAUAUCAAUGGAGAUUUAUGCCGAAACAUCUAUGAGUGCACAGGUCCUUUUAUGGGUAAAGUUAACAACAAAGAUAUGGAGGUAUGCAAGAUAUAUAGACACAUUAUUGAGAAAUGUGGUAUUGAACAUAUGUGCGUCACCGUUCUCACUGUUCAUGGUAAAAUAGUGACCCAAGAAUGGGAUGGUUGUAACUAUAUUAUUAAUAUUAACCCUUUACAAUUCGUAAGCAUAGGAAAACCCAGUCCUUACGACAGAAAAGGUCUCGAAAAUACUUGGUAUGAUGACUUGCAGCUUUUCUUCAAAUACUUAGACUACAAGGUAUUUUUUUAUUUUAAUCAUAGUUAA